GGUAGUAAAUAUAGUGGAAUAUUAAAAUUUAUUAAUAACAAAUUUAUCUUAGAUCGAAUGGUAGUCAUGCUAGUCGAAUAAAUUCAAUAUCUGAAAGUGCUGAUUCGUUUGCUGACUGGACACGAAAAAAUGCGGCACUAACAACGAAUCAAUUAUUAAUCGAUGAUAUACCAGAAACAAAUACUAUUCCAUUUUCAGCAUCAUCUCUUUCAAAUGUUUCAACAGCUAGCAGAGCAUUGGCAAUGGGUCGAUCUUUAGAAGAAACUUAUGCAUUCUCUGGUGUUCAUCAUAUAUUUGAUCAUCAUAAAGGUUCAGUUACACGAGUUCAGUUUGCACCUAACGAUCGAAGUCUAUUAGCAACUUGUGGUCGUGAUGGUAUUCUUGCUAUAUGUCAAGUUCUACCGACUCCAGCAACAAUUAUUUAUCGAUUGAAAGGUCAUACAGGUGCAAUUAAUGAUAUGCAAUGGUCAUCAAUAAAUGAUUUAUUAGUCACAGCAAGUAGUGAUGCAAGUAUACGUAUAUGGCAAAUUUCGAAAGGGAAAUGUAUGCGUGUUAUUGAAAGCACACCUGGUAUCGAAAAUCUUUGUUGUUGUUUUCAUCCAUCGAAUAAUAAUUUUAUUGCCGUUGGAAAUAACCGAGGAAUAUUACAAAUAUAUAAUGUAUCAACUGGCAAAGCAUUAAAAAAUUGCGUAAUUAAAUGUUAUGGUCGUUCAAUGUGUGUAACAUUUGAUGAGACUGGUACGAUUCUAUGGACUGGUGAUGAUCGAGGAAAUAUUCUUGCUACUUUAUUUGAUAUGACAACUGGAAAAUUACAUAGUUGUAAACGAGUAUUUUCCAAUAAUAAUGGUUCCGUGACAAGUCUUUCGUUUCGAUUUCGUUCAACACGUGAUGGACGUGAAGGAUAUCUCUUGGCUAAUGUCAUUCCUAAUCUACUCUUAGUAUUUAAAGUUGUUAGUACUAAUGGAAAAUUAAGUGUUCGAAAACGUUUCUCAAUACGACAAAAAUCAUUAACUAUUCAUAGUUCAUUUUGUCCAAUUAUAUCUCAACGUCAAGGGUUUUGUGUUGUUAGUGCAAGCGAAGAUAUGUGUGUUUAUCUCUAUGAUGUUGAUCGAGAAAUACGUACGUUAAUUAAUAAGUUACAAGGACAUUGUUCAGCUGUAUUUGAUGUUUCAUUUAAUGCUGAUGAAAGUUUAUUAGCAUCAUGUGAUCAACAGGGACUUGUUAUUGUUUGGCAAAGAGAUAAUCGAUAA